GAAUCGGAGCUGGGGAUACCUGGAGCUGGGGAGAGGACGAUUGUUCUCAGCUCUCUUCAGUUCGCAGCAAAGCUGUGCCAGGCCCGGGACACCUGGGUGUGCUGUGCUGGCGGCGAGCUGCCGAACCCUGCGCACACCUCGGGGCUUUGCGUCCCCACGGCUGUGACUGCAGCAGAGAUUAGGGGCACUGGGAGACGCUGCAGGUCACGCAGGGCCGGAGGUAAACGGAUCAAGCAGCAAUUGGCAGGCUCAGCAAGGGGAGGCUUAGCCCAGCCUGGCACAGAUUUGCUGCCUUCUGCCCCACAUCUCGCAGGUUGGGAACGAGCGGCAGCGCAGCAGGCACCUCGCCCCUGGGGUCUCCUCUUUGCACCGCGCUGAGGGCGCCCACAGCCCCGCUGCCACCCGUGCCAGUCCCUGUACCUGCGAGGACCGGGUACCUGGGUGAGCGGCCAGGACCCUGCAGCGCCAGGGUAGCCCUGGGGGACGUGGGAGAAGGAAGGAGGACAAGGAUCUGCUCGGAAGGUCUCCGGACGGAGCCCUGUCCUCGCUGGGUGCAGGGAUGCUGGCCUGGAUCGAGCGGGUGGUUCCCCAGCCCCCCACACCAUGCCUGAUGGAGGAGAGCCCCCCAGCCCCGGUGAUGGAGCCAGCCAAGGUGCCAGCAGGGAAGGCCAGCAGCCACAGGGAUGCUGCGGACAGCACACGCAUGCAGGAAACCGAAAAGAAGGUGGAAUUUGCAGUGCCUGAGGAGGUGGUCCCCGCAUCAACAUCGGUGUUUGAGAGCGUGGGGAGCAGUGUGCUCUCCUGGAUCUCCCAGGGGCUGGAGAAGGUGAUCCCGCAGCCAGUCCAGGCCCCGGGGACGCUGCAGGCACUCGGGAGGAGCUUCGAGACAAGCAUCGAUGUUCCUGACCAGACGGAGGUCCAGGUCAUCAAGGAUGAAGAAGAGGAUGCUCUGGAGAUAACCCCCUUCGACCCGGAGGAGGACGAGCUGGAUGGCUGUGAGACGGAGGCCAGUUUGGACACGGGUGCGGAGGACUGGGCAGGAGCACGUGUGCUGAGCUGGCUGGUGCAGGGCUUCGAGAGAAUGGUGCCGCAGCCGGAGAUGCCGAAAAAGCCUGAGCCAGAGCCGAAGGAGGAGAGGCACAAAGCUGCAGCAGGAGGCACAAAAGGGACUAAAACCCAGACGAAGUUGAAAGACAGCGUUUCAGCUGCACCGAGCAUCCCAGGAACAGUGGAGCCAGCAGCUGCUGAGGGGCCGUCAGAGCCUGUGGCCACCGUCCUCCCUCUUUCCUUGGCCGGGGACAGCAGCAGCAUGUUUGGAUGGUUUGUCCAGGGGCUGGAGAAGGUGAUGCCACAGCCUGUGACCAGGGAGAAGCAGGACACGCAGGGAGCAGCAGCAGCAGCCUUCAGCCCCGUGGAAGAAAUUCAUAUCGUCCCUGUGGAGCUUGUGGAGACAGACCUAGUUGUGGAAGACAUCAAUGACGACUGGAGUGAUGAAGUAGCUCACGAGCCAACAGCCUGGGAUGGCAUGGCUGAACUGGUGGCACAGGGUCGUCCUCUUCCCCCCAUAGAGGAGGAGCUUCAGGAAGAAGAGACCAGGCUGUGCUCCUGCUCCCUGAGUGCUGCUGAGGAGGAGCAGGAGGAGGAGGAGGGUGAAGAGGAGGAGGAGGAAGUGGAGGAGAAGAAGGAAGAGGAGGAGGUGGAGGAGAGCGUGGGAGCCCCGCUCCUGUCUCCUUGCCUCCCCACCGAUGAGGGGCUGGAGGACGCCUUCUUUGCAGAAGAAGCCCUGAGUUUUGCACAGCUAGAAGAAGCUGAGAUAAGUGAUCUUGAAGGUGCCUUUGUACAGGUGGAAGAGAAGACGGUUGAAGUUACCGAAACUGAUGCUGAAGGGCUGAGUCACUGCCUCACCGUGGGUGUCGAGGACGUGGACGGCGGGGGUGAUGCUGCAGAGGAUGAUGGCACCUGCUUGCCGCUGCCCACCCCUGGUGACCCCCACAUGCUGGUGGUGCCUGGUGCUGUGCCAGCGUCCCCCAGGAAGAAGCUGCCAGCCCCCGCGGACAACCUGGAUGAGGCACCAGUGAGCUGGGAUGAGUUGCAGAGGGACAGCUUGCCCGAGCGCAUCGGUUCAGCCACCAGCCAGAGCAGUGCCAUCAUCAAUGACCGGCUCCAGGAGCUUGUGAAGCUCUUCAAAGAGCGCACAGAGAAGGUGAAGGAGAAGCUGACCGACCCUGAUGUCACCUCCGACGAUGAGAGCCCUUCGGCAUCCCCCUCCAAGCCAGCGCCCACAGCACCACCACCGCCCCCCCCGGGAGAAGUGCCACCAGCGGACAAGGCAGCGGGCGAUGAACACUACUGCGAGAUGCUGUGCUGCGCCUUCAAGCGCCGGCCCUGGCUGGACCGCCUGAAGAGCUACCAGUUCCCCAGCAGCAUCGACCCGCUCACCAACCUCAUGUAUGUGCUGUGGCUGUUCUUCGUUGUUCUGGCCUGGAACUGGAACUGCUGGCUGAUCCCCGUCCGCUGGGCCUUCCCCUACCAGACGCCAUCCAACAUCCACUUCUGGCUGCUGGUGGACUACCUCUGUGACCUGAUCUACCUGCUGGACAUCAUCGUUUUUCAGACCCGCCUGCAGUUUGUUCGGGGGGGAGACAUAAUAAGUGAUAAAAAGGCCAUGAAGGAGAACUACCUGCAUUCACAGCGCUUUAAGAUGGAUGUGGUAUGCCUCCUUCCCCUGGAUUUCUUCUACUUUAAAGUUGGUGUCAACCCACUGCUGCGUUUUCCCCGCUGCCUGAAGUACAUGGCCUUCUUCGAGUUCAACAACCGCCUUGAGGCCAUCCUGAGCAAGGCAUACAUCUACAGAGUGAUUCGGACUACUGCCUAUUUACUGUACAGCUUGCAUGUGAACUCCUGCCUCUAUUACUGGGCAUCAGCCUACGAAGGACUGGGCUCUACCACCUGGGUCUAUGAUGGGGAAGGAAACAGUUACAUCCGCUGCUACUACUGGGCAGUCAAAACCCUCAUCACCAUCGGCGGCCUGCCAGACCCCAAGACGCUCUUCGAGAUUGUCUUCCAGCUGCUGAACUACUUCACGGGCGUCUUUGCUUUCUCCGUCAUGAUCGGGCAGAUGAGAGAUGUGGUUGGUGCUGCUACUGCCGGGCAAACUUACUACCGGAGCUGCAUGGACAGUACUAUUAAAUACAUGAACUUCUACAAAAUCCCCAAAACUGUGCAGAACCGUGUCAAAACGUGGUAUGAGUACACGUGGCAUUCACAAGGCAUGCUUGAUGAGUCUGAGCUGCUGGUGCAGCUGCCGGACAAGAUGCGGCUGGACAUCGCCAUUGACGUGAACUACAACAUCGUCAGCAAAGUGGCCCUCUUCCAGGGCUGUGACAGGCAGAUGAUCUUCGACAUGCUGAAGAGGCUCAGGUCGGUUGUCUACCUACCAAACGACUACGUCUGUAAGAAGGGAGAGAUCGGCCGCGAGAUGUAUAUUAUCCAGGCUGGACAAGUGCAGGUGCUGGGGGGACCCGAUGGCAAAACCGUGCUGGUGACACUGAAAGCUGGAUCUGUGUUUGGAGAAAUAAGCUUGCUGGCAGCAGGAGGAGGAAAUCGGCGAACAGCAAAUGUUGUCGCUCAUGGAUUUGCUAAUCUUUUCAUUUUGGAUAAGAAGGACUUGAAUGAGAUUUUGGUGCACUACCCAGAGUCUCAGAAGUUGCUGCGUAAGAAGGCCAAGAAAAUGCUGAAAAACAACAAUAAACCCAAGGAUGAGAAAGGACAGCCCGGCUCCCCGCUGAUCAUUCCCCCAAAGCCUGACACACCGAAGCUCUUCCAGGCAGCCCUGGCCGCCAUGGGGAAGACAGGAGGCAAAGGGCGUCUCGCGCACCUCCGGUGGAAGCUCCAGGAGCUGAAGGCAGUGCAGACAGCGCAGGAUCCCAGUUUCAGUCCAAUCCCACCAAAGUCACCAGUGCACCGCAGAUCUCCCACUGCUUCCCCCAAAGCAAGCACCCCUCCGGGAGAAGAAAUAUUCUCAAAAUCUUCUGAUAAUUUAGUCGCUAUCCGUGUGAUUUCAGCAGCGCAGGAGGAUGAAGAAAUACUUGCUGCUGAGAUUUCGCAGAAAGAAGAAGAGGAAGAAGGGAAAUGAAAAAUAAGCAGAUCUGGGGGCUGGCGGCAGGAGUAGGAGUGGGCAAAUGCCUCAGGUAGAAGCUUUUAUUUGUUAACAAUUCCUGCACUGUGGUUGUAGGCUUUGCUAGCUAAGUGCUGCAGAUGGGCUCUGCCUUUCUUCUUUGCUUAGUCCUUCACCCACUGUUGUCAAAACCCUUUGCCAAAUGUCCAACUCUAAAAGAUUCCUGUGCUCAUUCUUACUGAGCAUCUGUAUGAAUAGUCCCUGUGUACAUCAGGCCAGCCCUCUAGCCUUGAGAUCUUACAGAGAGGGAGUGCAGAAGAAAAAAGGCUCUUUACAGCUCUGAAUGGUUAAUGAGUGUCUGUUCAGAUAAAGCGUGAAGUCGUUCACCUCCAAAAGCUGAGUCACUGCGUGGCCAGAAACAAACACCAGAGGAAAAAAAAAAAUAAAUAAAGAAAAAAAAAAAAAAAAAGAUUCCUUUGUUGGACUUCAGGCAGCGUGAGGGUGACUCAUCUGGAAAGGAUCUGGACUCUGCUCAUGAGCCAAGCACAGAUCAGCGUGUGCCCCCGCAGCCCUGGGUGCCCAGGCACACUGUGCCCGCUGCCGCCAAGCGGUGCUCGGGGGGCAAAUCCUGGCUGCUUCCAGCUGCCCUCCCGCUGGGGCCGGGCAGAGGAGCGGCACAGGUGCUUCCCCAAGCCAGUGCUUCAGGGCCAGGCCAGAGUCCAUGGCAUGCAGAGCAGCAUGUGCAGCUUCGUCCUGGGCAUCCAGCUGCAUCCAGCUCCAGCAAUGUCCCCACGGUCAUGCCGCUGUCUCCAGGUCGUGCUGCUGCCUCUCAGCCCCUUUGCCCACGGGGAAGCUGCUCUGGCCCCAUUCCCACAGCAGCUCUCAGUGACACUUUUCUUCCUGUGGAGGAGGAGGAGAUGUGGCUGAGGAAGCUUCAGCUGCUCAGUGAAUACCAACAAGUGCUGCAAGUUUCACACGUCUGCCUGUGACACAUCCCUGGCAUAAGGGUGGCACACCCACCUGGGUCCCUGGGAAAACCCCAGCUCCCAUCUGAAUUCUGCUGGCUCAUCUUCAUGUCACGCGGGGUUUUCCUACCUUUCCUACUCAGCUUUUUUUUUUUUUUUUUUUUUUCCUCUCUUGGAAAAUAAAUGGGUUUCUGUCGUGGAAAGAGACAGGAUAUAUUAGUAUUAAUUCAUGAUGGCUUGCUCUCUUUUAAACAAAGCUUCAAGGAAUUCCAACAUGCCACUUGGGCAUCUGAACCCACCACUGCCCUUAACGUUGCAGAGGAAAAUCUGAACUCAUCCCCACCUCCCUUAAUCUUUAGUAAUUUGCAAGUGAUUCCCUGGUUCCCUGCCAGGUAGAAGGUUUGGGGCAGAGGAAGUGCUUUUCAGUAUAUAAAUAUUUAAAUAAGCAAACCAGGAAAUGUGGCAAAGUCAAACCAGGGUUCUGAUUUGCUGAUAUAAUUUGAUAUAGCUUAGAAAAACAGUUUACAUCGGAAGUGUGCAUAACGGCUUUCAUAAUGCACUGUAUCUACAAUAAACACCCCUUAGAUUACCACCAUUUUCUGUGGAUUUAUUUCAAAA